AUGAGCGAAUCAGACAGCAACAGGGAUGACAAUCUUCCCAGCAGACAGGAUACCACAUUCGAUGGGAUAUCUGAUCCGACUGGCGAACACGAGUACUCAACGGGCACCAAAUUCUGGCUGCUCAUGCUCACCCUGGCUGCGGUCCUCAUUCUUAUCAGCAUCGACAUGAACAUUGUUGCCACAGCCGUUCCCAGUAUAACCGACCAUUUCCACACCAUUGCCGAUGUGGGCUGGUAUUCUUCCGCCUUCCGGCUCUGCCAGUGCGCCUUCCAGUUUGUUUUUGGUAGAGCGUACCAGCUCUUUUCAAUCAAGCGUGUUUUCUUACUCGCCAAUGCCAUCUCGAUAGUAGGCUCGCUGUUCUGCGGUGCGGCUGCGACAUCGCUCAUGCUUAUCGUGGGGAGGGCAGUCGCCGGCCUCGGCACGGCGGGCUUACUGGCUGGAUGCUUCAUGAUCCUCGUCCACUCCACACCUCUCCACAGACGGCCCAUGUUCACAGGGAUAAUGAGCGCCAUUGAAGGACUGGCCACGCUCUCCGCACCCCUCCUCGGUGGAGCGAUCGUGCAAUCCCUCGGCUGGCGCUGGUGCUUUUACCUCAACGCGCCCAUCGGCGCCGUUACCCUGAUCUUGACGAUGUGCUGCUUCUCCGACCCGCCCAACCCCGACCACACCACCCAUCUUACCUUCAAACAAAAGCUCUCCCAGCUCGACCUUCUCAGCAACCUCCUCUUCAUCCCCGCCCUGGCCAGCCUCUUUCUGGCCUUCUCCUGGGCCGGAGCCAAGUACCCCUGGUCUAGCGGCCCCGUCAUCGGACCCCUUGUCGCCUUUACCGUCUUGAUGGGCGGCUUCAUCUACAACCAACACCGCCAGGGCGACACGGCCGCCCUCCCCCUCCGCAUCCUCAAACACCGCAGCAUCAUCGCCGGCAGCACCUUCAUCAUGUGCGGCAACAGCACCGGCAACGUCCUCGAAUACUACCUGCCCACCUACUAUCAAGUCGUACGGGGCUACACCCCGGCCCAGAGCGGGUACAUGAUGCUGCCCAUCAUCAUCGCAGGCACCAUCGGCGCCUUGGUCCACGGCUUCGGCACCAGCGUCUUUGGCUACUACGCCCCAUUCAUGCUGAUCGCCUCGAUCAUCAUGCCCGUCGCGGCAGGGCUGAUCACCACCUUCGACUUCAGCACCACCCUCGCGCAGCUGAUCAUUUACACUGGUUUUUCGGGUCUGGGAUACGGGAUCGGAUUCUCGGGCCCGCAGAACGCCGUGCAGACCGUUCUCCCGGCGGAGGAUAUCCCGCUGGGCACGUCGGUGAUGCUGUUCGCGCAGUCGUUCGGGCCGGCGGUCGCGGUGGCGAUCGCGCAGGUGCUGUUCGUGAAUCAGCUGUCGCGGAACUUGGGGGAGGUGGUGCCCGGGCUGAGUGCGGCGGAGGUGGAUCGCAUGGGGCUGACGCAGAUCGUGACGGGGCUGGCGUCAGACAAAGCGGCGGAGGCGCGCGGGGCGAUCGAUCGGAGUAUUGUCCAGACGUGGUAUCUGGUCGUUGGGCUGGCGUGUGCGACGGUGGUGGGGAGUUUGGGGAUUGAGUGGCGGUCGGUGAAGGCGAGGCGCGGGUAG